GCCCAACAUCUAGAUGACUGAUGUCUUUCGAUGAUAAUAAACUGCUCGGGCCUUCCGAAAACUUUUAGCUACUGACCUUGACGCUUACACGAUCCGAACAUCCGCUGAUACCGACGUCAUCCGACCGAGCUUAAGAGAGCUUAAACUCUCGGAUCUUACUUGUAGAUUGCGAAGAGAAGGAACGCUAGAAACCACUUGAAUACCCGCGGCGCAUUUGGAUUCACCCCGCCAGCGAAUAAGGUAGCACGAAUAUGUCUCUCCCUAGGCCUACUAUCGAUCAGUUGCGACAUGUCGCGAACAACUAUCCUAUCAUCGACAACCACGCUCACAAUCUGAUCUUGCCCACAUACACAGACACCAUACCAUUUGAAUCGAUUACCACCGAAGCCCAAGGACGAGCUUUAAGAGACACUUUCAAGGCACUCCCUCACUUACGAGCAGCCAAGCAACUACGCCAGCUUUACGAAUGCGGGGAAGAUGCGGACUGGGAGGACAUUCUCGAGCAGAGAGUGGAGUGGCUGCGCAGCGACCCGGAACGUCUGCAUCACCGUUGUUUCGAAGGUGUUCAUGCUCUGCUCAUCGACGAUGGGCUUGCUGGACCGGAAAAGGUUUACCCUUAUGAAUACCACGACAAGUAUACGAGGGCGCCCAGCAAGCGUAUUGUGCGUAUCGAGACAGUCGCUGAACGCUUGAUGGAGAGCAUUGUUCGCGACGCCACUGAAGACGACCUGGGAGAAGUAAAGUUCCUACCCGACACCUGGGUGACUUUCACGGAUGAAUUCGAGCGCGAGAUCCAAGAAGCUAUUCAAGACCACGAAGUCGCUGGCUUCAAGACUGUCAUAUGCUACAGAACCGGACUCGAUGUCGAGCCUGACUACGAGCAGGCCGCAAGAGCAGUGGGUCAUCCUUUUGAACGGUACGUCAAGGCGUGUAUCCGGAAACGCAGUUACAGGGUGGAGAAGAAAGCGUUGAACGACUACCUGGUUUUACGGACACUGGAAAUUUUGUCAGAACGGUUGUCACACUCAGAUGCGCUGUCUAAACCGCUCCAACUUCACACCGGUCUUGGUGACAACGACAUCAGUCUCCUUGAAUCGAACCCUGCGUACCUUCAGCCGCUUAUCGAGAACUAUCCAAGUGUGCCAUUCGUGCUGCUCCAUUCAGCCUAUCCGCACACGCGUGAAGCGGGCUACCUCGCCACAGUGUAUCGCCAUGUGUAUCUUGAUAUCGGCGAAGUGUUUCCCAUGGUGAGCAGAGAUGGCCAGAGAGUGAUUCUGCGUGAAGCCAUGGAGUUGGUACCAGGAAGCAAACUACUUUAUUCCAGUGAUGGACAUUGGUUUCCAGAGACGUUUUGGUUAGCAAACUUGCAGUUUCGCGAGGUGUGGCUCGAGGUGCUCCUUGAGUACGUCCAAGAGGGCGACCUCACCCCACAUCAGGCCAUCGCUAUGACAAAGGACAUCCUUUUCAACAACUCAAACAUGCUAUACGACUUGCGUUACGAGGCGAUAUUCGAUGAGACGAUUCAAGAAGUUCCCAAGCAGUUGACAUACAAUCCAAAGUCUGCCAUAGGGUCGCCACAUCUGUCACCGACAAUACGCCCAAGUUCAAACCAAGGCCUAGCCAGCCGAGCUGGAGCCCUCGGUACUUCUACUACUAGAUCCCCCUCGCCCUACGUUCCCUCUUUUCCUCCCCCGCCAACAGUUCCUCAAGUCUAUGAUGCCCAGUUGUUCGACAAGUUCAAGCAGGACAAUCCAGAUGUCAAGUUCAUUUACGUCCAAUGGCUCGACUACAUGGCCACCAUCCGCGCUCGAAUCGUCCCUAUCAAGGAGUUUUCACGUAUGAUCCGGGAAGGGGAGCGCAUUGGCGUCUCACAAGGCAACACUGGCACAUUGCAAAACGAUGCACUGACACCCGUUGUCGACAGUACCGGGCAAAUCUACGUUGAGCCAGAUCUCCGUUCCCUUCGCCGUACGCAUAACAAGGACCCUCUCCCUUCCGCAACAGUGCUAAGCUACUGGCGUGAUGAAUCCGGGAAAGCCAUCCGCGAAUGCCCGCGAAACAAUCUAGAAACACUGAUCAACGGGUUACAAUACAACCACGCCACAACGCUCCUCGUGGGCUUUGAAAUCGAAGUCACUUUCCUCUCCCGCAACCCACGCAACCCCGAUCAGCCUUACGACGCGUUGACAAAAACUCACGCCUGGGGCACCUUGACACCCGAACAAUGGCUGCAGCUCCCCUUCCUGUCCGAGAUUGUCCUCGCGCUCGAACAAAUGGGCAUAGAAGUGCAGCAAUUCCAUGCGGAAUCAGGACAAGGGCAGUACGAAUUCGUGCUCCCGCCUCAACCGCCUCUCCUCGCCGUCGACACGCUGAUCCAAGCCCGACAGGUCCUUGCGCAGAUUGCUUCGCUCCACGGCCUGCGCGCUACCUUGCAUCCAAAGCCUUUUGAGGGAAUCGGCACAGCGGCGCACGCGCACGUCUCGCUCCAUCCGCCAGAUCGCGACAUGGCCUUCUUCGUCGGCGGCGUGCUGCACCAUCUUCCCGCCAUCUGCGCAUUUAGUCUACCUGAAUCUGCGAGUUACGCCAGGGUCGUCGACGACCAUUGGACGGGCGGGUCGUUUGUCGCCUGGGGCACGCAGAACCGCGAGACGCCGCUGCGCCGCAUCAAAGACGGGCGGUGGGAAAUCAGAUGUCUAGACGGCUUGGCCAAUAUGUACUUUGCGCUGUCUGCUAUUAUUGCUGCGGGCCUGCUGGGUUUGGCGUCUUCUCCGCCUUCUGCGCAGGGAGAGUUUCAGCAGAAGGAUGUUCCGGUUAAUCCGUCGACGUUGGAUGAGGAGGGUCGCGCGCAUUAUGGUAUUGUGCGCAAGAUGCCGGCCAGUUUCAGUGAAGCGGUCGCUGCGCUGAAGGGCGAUGGCGAAUUGCAUGAGGCGCUGGCCCCUGGCUUGGUGCAGGAUUAUCUACUUAUGAAGGAGAGUGAGCAGAAGAUGUUGGCUGGCAUGUCUGAGCCGGAGAGGAGGGUGUUUUUGAUUGAGAGAUACUAAGUGGAUAUUUGAAUGGGAGGGCGGAAGGGAAUAUGAUGUCACUUUGAGCUAGAGGGGAGUUGGUGUUCGUUCUUCAUUUCGGUUUUUUUUUGAUGAUGUUACGACAGUAAUAAAUAAUUUGACCAUCACACGCAGUAAAUUGUUACGAGUAUAUCUGUCAUGAUGAGCUAAUCUCAAAGUAAGCUAUAAUGACGGACGGCUGUGACAGGAUGCAUAUGCGUAUUUAUAUCGGCAAGACA